GAGUCUAAUAAGAAGUCUUGAUCCGUUCACCAAAAGAGGAAAUACCGUCUUUUCCGUGCAGCUCCUCAUCUCCGCUGGUGAGACAGAGAAGUCGACUGGGUUUUGGACCAUGGGAGGUUAUUUUGGGCUGGCGGUUCUGGUGGGUGUGGCCUUGCUUCUGACGACCGGCCAAUGUGAUGUGAGCUGCAGAGGGACGGACGGCCGGGCGGGAGAGGCAGGAGCUCCGGGCAGAAAUGGAUAUCCUGGAGUGAAGGGACAGAAAGGAGAGUCAGCUGUGAAGGACGACGGUCCGGUGAAUGUCGACGUCCUGCUGAGGCUGAAGGGGGAGCAGGGCAGUCGGGGCCCUCAAGGGGUCAUGGGUCCUAAAGGUUUCCGUGGACAUCUGGGAGCAUACGGUGACCCUGGAGCGCUUGGUCGCCCCGGCCCCGAGGGGAAGAGCAUCGGCCACGGAGGACAGCUUUCCCCUCAGCAAGGUCGUUCAGCCUUCUCGGUGAUCAGGACUGAUAACAGUUAUCCUGCCAUCGGCCAGGCGGUAACCUUCCAGAGUACGGUGGUCAACACACGCGAUGACUUUAACGUAGCCACAGGUCAAUUCCACUGCAGAGUACCUGGUGUUUAUUACUUCAACUUCCACUCUCUUGCCAAGGUCAGCGUGUGUCUGCGUAUCACCAGUAGCGCUCUGACGGACAAGCUGGGAUUCUGUGAUUACAACAGGAACAUCGAUCAGGUUCUGUCGGGAGGCGUGGUCCUACAGCUGAGAGUCGGACAGAGGGUUUGGCUGGAGUCCUUUAGGGAAAACCAGAGAGACUCCGAAAUACGAGACAACCAGGAGAAACGGAUCAUCUUCAACGGUUUCCUGCUCUUCUCAAACCCAGAAUAAAGUUCAAGCAAACACGCAAUAAUUUCAAUACAGAGACACUAGAGACUGCCUUUACAAAUUUAGCAUCUAAAAAUUUAAGUUGACAUUUUACAAAAGCUGUUUUCAACCGGGAAAUCAUGUACAUCAAUAUUUGUGAAUCUUUAGAAACUGUAGAUUUGUUCAUCUGUUUCCUUCAUAUUGACUCAUGAAAACCGUCUUUGAAUAUUGACUGUAAAUGCAACUAAAACAAAAUUAAAGUUGUAUUAUUGA